AUGUUCGAGGAAGACCAUGAAAUUCUGAUGGAGGAGGGCGAUCUCAUUUUCGAUCUGAAUGGCCCAAUUCCCAAAGCCAUAAUUUCAGAAAAAGUGGAGGAGCAGCUGUCCUUACCGUGGGAAAACGUCCUAAUUGUCAAACCAAUGGGGCUAUCUAUGACUCUCAACCAGAUCCGUUCUCGCCUCUAUACCCUUUGGUAUAACACAAAUGGCUUCGCAGUCAUGGAUGUCGAGAGGGACUACGUCAUGGUGAAGUUUUGGAAUGAGAAGGAUGCCAAGAGUAUUUUACAGUCCGGCCCAUGGAUGUUGUCAAAUUCAUAUCUGCAUGUCCAGAAAUGGGACAGGUCAUUUGAUGACGUUACCAACAAAAUCAAGAGAAUGGUAGUCUGGAUAAGAUUACCAGGGUUGCCGGUCCACUACUAUAACCAAUCAUUCCUCCGCCGACUGGGUCGCCUGAUGGGUAAGGUCAUUCAUAUCGACCACCAAACUGCAGCCAAGUCAAGGGGGAAGUUUACCCGGAUGGCCAUUGAGAUUGAUAUGGAGAAGCCGGUCUGCACCCAAUUCGAGAUGAAAGGCAGAAUACAACAUGUUGAAUAUGAGAAUAUGCCGUUCCUGUGCCAAGCCUGUUGUAUGAUUGGCCACUCGACUAGUAAAUGUGUGAACACCCAAGAAGAGCAGAGAGCAGAUGAGGUGAGAAGGGUCAAAGGAAAAAAAUCGGCGGAGACCGAGGGAGGAGCAACCGCCGGCCCUUCUAAGCAGUCGGAUUGGGUGGAGGUCACAAAGAGAGGGAAGCCCUCUAACCAACAGGCAAAGACCACAAUAGACUAUCCUAGGGAGGGAAUAAUUAGCGGAUCCCUCUUUUCGAGCCUCCAAGAUCUAAACCAAGAAAACGCCGAACUGCCGCCGAUUCCUAGGAAUGUCGAAAAGGAGAAGACAGUAGAGGACGGACCCACACCGUCGCCAAAGAUACGCCCGAGGAAUGGACGCUCACGUGAACGGCGGGCCCACUCAACUGGUAGAUUGACAACACCAGUCAGGGAGGAGACAGACGGGUGCCUAUCAACCAACCCACCAACACCUACACCUGAAAACCACCAGCCCAAAACAAUGUUAACCCAAACCCAGGGAGCCCAAACACGAAAGUCCACCAGAAAGAACACCCAGAAACUGCUAGCCCCAGAAAUUGAAAUCCCAACCACCCAGAAGGACAAUGGAAACCCAAUAACCUCCCCUGAAGCCCUAGUCAUCAAAGAGCCCACCUUAGCCUACAAAAUAUACCUGGCCCCUACCACACUAGACUCUCUAAAACAUCAAGCCAUAUCCAUACAAGUGGAACCCAAACCUAGCCUCUCAUCCCAUAAACCAACCCAAGACCUAGCCAAAUCAGGCACCCUCCAGUUGCCACCGAAAAUUGACCAAAUCAGUGCAAAGAUCCCUCUUGAUAUUCCACAAGAACCUGACAAAGCAGAAGUUCAGGCGCAGGAGACACCAUCAACAGGAAGCAUUGUGGGCUUAGAAGACAUAGUACUACAAGAAGGACAAUGCUGCGCAAUGGAAGAGGACACCGAAGCUUCCCCGGUGGUCCAACGUUCACUCUAA